UUUUAGAAAGUUAUUGCAAACGAAUAAGAGCACCGACUAUACUGUUCAAAUUAAAUUUAUUUGUAUAGCCCUUUUUACACGCAAGCAUGUCCCAGGGGGCUUCACAUACGCCCAUAGAACUGCCCCUCAACCAACCUAAACCCUCAAGGAAGACAAGGAAAAAGUAUGUUCGAAGUAUGUAAUGUCACAACACCCCGGCUUAGCGUUAAAAAAUAUACUUUAAAUAGGUCUGUAUAAUAUAUUCGUUUUGUACGAACAUCUACACAGGGCUAUACAAAAAAUCUACAGUAAUAUGUUGUACUGUAUAUUUGCUCGAACAACAUCCGGCGGUUGCGUUUCAGGUAAGCAGGUACAGGUGGAGUUAAAGUUGUCCAUGGGUGGAGUUUAACUUGGCGCAGCAUCAAUUCACAGAGCGAACUUUGAAACUUGGUGCAAACUUACGGCAUGGCUACCGAUUUUACUCAAGAUUCGCUUUUGGGCUUUCUCCAAAGUAACGGCGGAAAGGUGAAAAACUCGGAGCUGUUGUCUCAUUACCAGACAUUCCUGCGGGACCACGAAAACAAAAAGCAGAAUAGGGAGAUGUUCAAAAGGUUCGUCAACUCCGUAGCUGUUGUAAAGCAGGUGGAGGGAGUGUCAUAUAUUGUUCUGAGAAAGGCAUAUUUGCCGCUCUCUAGAGACUUCGUCGCACCAAAGACUGGUCGAAAGCCUGAGCAAACGGUGAGGGUGAAAAAACGAUCCCCGCGGGCUGAGGGAAACCAGGACGCGUUUCUUGGUUUGACCGAGAGCGAUGUCCAGGCAAAGUCGCAGAGGGAAUUGCAUGUUCCGCUGAGCAGUACCAACCAAAUCAACACAGCUCAAUGUUUGCCGGUGGCAGGAAUUCUGAACAACAACGAUGUGGAUACAGUUAACUUUGAUAAGCCAAUUCGAAACUCGUCUCCGUAUGCGUCCGGCCGCGCACUACCACAGAUAUCCAACACGGAGGAGCGAUUCCCAAACAAUACAGAACCUAAAGUAUCAAAACAGGGUGAGAAGAACUUUAAAGCAGAGCCCGUUAAAAGAGCCUCGAAGCCACCAGAACUGUGUAACAAACCUAAUUACGCUGAGGCUACACUUGGCCAACCAAAAGAACCAAUUGCUCAAAGAGAGCCCUUCUGUUCCCCUCCAGAUAUCCUACACCUACAUGCGGUGGAGUUGGAGGAAUCUCCUCUUCAACAAGUAAAGCUGCAUGUAGUCUCUGGGCAGGUGCCCAGCAAUGGAGCAAAGCAUCACGGGAGGUCUAACGCAGCACCCGCCGCAUGGCCAUUGCACCCGACGCUCGAACACGCUAGUAGAUUCUCAACUUCAUCACCCUGUAUAUCUGACAGGCCUGACGCAAAAUACCCACGUGCUCAGCCUGACUCGGCACUCACGCGUAGCAAUGGUAGCAUUGCCGGUCACAUACCACAGGAGGUGGAGAGUGGAGCCGCUUCACUGGUUAGCGGUCAGCCUCGUCACAGCAGCCUGCCCCUGGAGGAAGGCUACCACAGUCCUCCCGCUGCUGCUCCUGGGUACGUAGACCUCCAUCACAUCCACUACCAGGCAGUUACCGGGUUAUGGUCCAGCCGGGGCAGUCUUGUCCCCUCCUCCACAGGCUCCCCUGAGUGGCCACAGGGCUCGUCUGUCGGGGAAUGGACGAGCGAUGAGGAUCUGGACUCCAGAAGUCCCUCUGGUGAGCAAGGGUUUAAAGUUCACAGCAUGCUCCAUCGCGCCGAGCAGGCCAGAAGGCUUUCUCUCAUGCAUCGCACGGAGAGGAAUGGCAUUGCGUGGCAUCACUCAACGGGCGACCUCGACACCCAGAAUCUCUCUGCCAUGUCGUCAUGGAAUCACUCCGCCAGUCAUCUAAACAACCAGGAGUCCUCUUCAUCGUGGAAUCACUCCAUGGGGAAUCUCCAUGACGACCAGGUGGAGCCAGAGGCAGGCCAAACUGGGAUUACGCCGGAGCCAGUGUUGCGACCCUCGGUCCGGCGACUCAAGAGCAAACUCCGCAGCCGCAUGUGCCGCAGCCUGGGGGCCGAUCUGGACCAGCCGUUCACGGAGGACAGCACCUCAGCCCGCCACAACAGGCUCCAUCUCCUCUCCACCUCCCUGAGCUUCCGCUACCCCUUCUCCGCCGGCUCCUCCACCCCCCCACGGACGAACAGCCACAGGGACCUGGCCGCUUCCCCCGCCCCCAGCGGCAAGAGCUACUCCUCCAGCGGCCACGAUGGCAGCUACUUCCACCGGCAGGCUCUGGUCCCCCUGGAGUCCAACGAGCACGACUGGCUUGUGAAGGGAGCUGCGGGCACCUGGACCGAGAUCUACUCCCUCUUCAGAGAGGAGCCUAGCCUGCUGACCAAGAGGGACUUCAUCACUGGCUACACCGUGCUGCACUGGGUAGCCAAGCACGGAGACCACAGGGUCCUCAACACCCUCUGGUACGGCGUGGAUAAGAUGGGGAUGACCUUGGACAUCAACUCCAAGACCACGUGCGGCUACACGCCCUUGCACUUGGCUGCUCUCCACGGCCACAAGAUGAUGAUCCGCCUGCUCGUGCACAAGUUCAAGGCCAACGUCUCCCUGAGAGACACCAGCGGGAAGAAGCCCUGGCAAUAUCUCGGAGACAAUGCCCAGGGAGAUCUGCUGCAGCUUCUGGGGGCGCCGCUAAGGGCUGGAGGCGCCAGCGGGGCAAAGAUCUCCACCCCAACCACUCCCCUUUCCUCUGUUGACCGCCUAGCGACCACCUCGGGAGCUGUGAAACGAUCCACGUCCAUCGCUGCUUUCCUGAAGCCCAAGGCUCUGUCGAGAAGCACAGGCCUCCACUUGGAUCCCUUUAUGUGAGAGGGAGUGACUGGACCCACCACCGAGCCUAGGCCUCUGUGCUGGGACCCUGGUUGGUCUUUCACCUGACUGGUUUUACGACUCAGAAACGGUUUGACUUCUGUGGUUCAAAUAUUUCCCCCUCCUUUGAUUAGUAGGUGCUGACCGCUCAUGAACUGGAGUCCUACAUGAACUUUCCGUAUUUCAAGGUUCAAAUGUAGAAUUGAGCAGCGAUUUCUCAUUCACUGAGUUAGCUUCUCACUAACCUUCUCUCAUGGAAACUGGAAAGCUGCCAUGUUUUAAUGGGGAAUGGAAAAGGGGUAUUUUAAAGUAUGUCACGUUUGCGGCAUUGUCUUACUGAGAAUAGAAUCCACACUGUUUACAAAUUAGAAUUUUGACCAAUUCUCACAGGACAUUUUAUAUGCACCCAUGUUUAUUUUACUCUGUCCUCAGGCACUCUUUCUGUAUCAAGCACCAAUGUGGUUAUGUCAUGGUAAACGGCUAACACAGUUAAUCUUUAACCUAUCCUUGAUUUGACCUCACACAGUGCAAGUCUAUGGAGUGUACGAAACGCCUCCAAAGGCUGGUGGAGAUACUGUCAGACUUUGACUGACAAUGGACUGUGUGGGAGAAAGGGAAGUUUCAGCCAGGGUAAAGCCUCUAUCCCCCCCCCUCUCUCUCUCCCUCUCGGCAUGCUGGCCGUCAGCCAUGAAUGUGGUGUUCCGGUGGAGGGUCAAAAUGAAAGGCCUGUUGUUGGAGCUCCUGGUCUGGUGCAUGUGGGACUUGAUGAGGCAUGUCGGGGAAAACGUGUCUUGUGUUGCUUUUUACGGCACUUCAAUAGAGCUUCCAGUUGCCUGGCUGGAGAAGGACACCUUAUUGGGAGAGAUGAGUUGAUAAUGGCACACUCACGCUCAACUUCAAAAUACGGAACAGCUAUAAAACUAUUGUUCUGAGCGCUACCUCGUAUCUUAUCUCUUAUCGGGGUGUAUUACUCUUCUUGAGGACAUGUUGGUACUUGUCACUGGGUGUGUUUGGUUGAAUUAAUACAGUAUUUAUUUUGUUGUAAAACCUGUCAGGACUUUGCGUCAGUUAGGUGACAUGCCGUCAUGUCACCCUGUCUUCUUGUAUGAAUAAAAGCACCUAAUUGUUUCUGAA